AUGCACACAGCUGUGCGAUUGGUGGCGAAUGGCGAAGCUGCACUUCUUACUUCCAGCCGUAUUCCGGGCCUUUGUGCCCAGCCGUGUGCUGCAAGACCGAUUAGGGAACGAGUGUGCAGAGGCAUGCGUCAAGGUGCCUCGAUGGACAGAGGAGAGCACGGUGGAGGUGUGAUCAAAGCCAAAUUUUGCAAGUGGGUUUUUCGACGUCAGCACCUCAACACUGAUUCUUGCUUGGCAAUCGCCAGGAAAUGCUUCGCCGCGACGUCUCCUUCUGCGCAUGUCUCCAAUGGGGAUUCUCCUUCUGUAUUUAUUUGGUUUUUCUGGCUUUUGCCAAGCUCUUGGAAGGGCAGGGAUGAGUCGCCUCAGAUGGAUGAUUGUUUUGGAGGGAAGCGCCUGUUUGAAUGCGGGCUGUGCCGAAGGGAGCGCCUGUUUUAG